CUUUCUUAUACCCCCUGUAGAGUAAAUGACUGUUAUAUCCCUCAAUCCUUCUCGCGUGACUAAACCCUCCCCUUCUUCUCUCUCCGUCAAAAUCUGCAAAACCCUAACUUUUCGAAUCAGCGGCAGAUAACGAUGGUGCCUUCCUCCAAAGCCGUCGUUUUUGCAAGGCAGAUGGCGAAGCAGAUUCGUGUUACGACGCCGUCGAUGUCCGCAACACGCUUUCUCUCAACGGGCGACAAUGGUCAAGUAGACGAGCAGCAGAACCCUCCAGAGCCCUUACCCAACAGACCCUUGCGAGGGGAGAGAUCUUCCAACUCUCACAGAGAACCACCCGCUAGACAAGCCCACAACCUUGGAAAGAGUGAUACUACUCUGUCUGACGAUGGCUUCCUCGAACAGUUCAAGCUUGGAGUCAAUCAGGAUUCACGGGAAACCCCCAAACCGGAACAAUACCCGCAGGAGCCCUUACCGCCGCCUGAGGAUUCCGAUGAGAUCUUCAAGAAGAUGAAGGAAGGAGGUCUCAUCCCUAACGCCGUCGCCAUGCUUGACGGCCUCUGCAAAGAUGGGCUUGUACAAGAGGCCAUGAAGCUUUUCGGAUUGAUGCGUGACAAGGGUACAAUCCCUGAGGUCGUUAUCUACACUGCUGUCGUUGAGGCCUUUUGCAAGGCUCAUAAAAUUGAAGACGCUAAGAGGAUUUUCAGGAAAAUGCAGAACAAUGGGAUUGCCCCUAAUGCCUUCAGCUACGGUGUGUUGGUUCAGGGAUUGUAUAAUUGCAACAUGCUUGACGAUGCUGUUGCUUUCUGUAGUGAGAUGCUUGAGUCUGGUCACUCUCCUAACGUCCCCACUUUCGUUGAAUUGGUUGAUGCCUUGUGCAGAGUAAAGGGGGUUGAACAAGCCCAGUCCGCUAUUGAUACCUUAAACCAAAAAGGAUUUGCCGUUAAUGUUAAGGCUGUCAAGGAGUUCAUGGAUAAAAGGGCUCCAUUUCCGUCUUUGGCUUGGGAAGCCAUCUUCAAGAAGAAACCAACCGAGAAACCCUUCUGAUUUACUUACGCAGUGCUGUUAAGUAUGCCGUCUCAGUAAGAUGUUUUCUUGACUUGUAAUAACAACCUUGAAAGUGAAAAUCAAUAUGAGUCUUCCUUUUUCUGCUUGGAGUCAGGUAUCGAGUUUUUUUUUUUUUCCUAUGUCCUUUAAAAAUGUGUAGUUGUAGAUGUAGUUCCCUGUUUUCAUGCAUUCUAAUAUUGAUUGCAAGUUCAAUGAAUAGCGUUGUGUUGGCGGUAUAGGGUGUCAAAUUAUGCUUGACGCUUAUCAGUCAUUACCAAUGAUGUAUGUGACUGUCUAUUGCAAAUGUGGCCGACUUCAUGAACAAAUAUGAACAAUAGUAUCAUUGGUUACAUACACCAGGCAUAAAACUACAUCAUCCUCCAAAGGCACUGCUGAUCUCAGGGACGUGGAGGUCUGUUCUGUAGAAGCUGGCGCUAUAUUGAAUACAAAAUGCGUGGAGUCAACAUUAAAAUAGUUUUUAUGAUUCACUCGGAGAUCUUUACUUGAUUUGGUCGGCUGUAUUAUAUUCGUGAACUCGGAAGUCAAGGCCUGUCUUGAUGGAAGAAUGACUCCUUACUUUUAAUAUAUAUAUAAAUAAUACACUGGAUAUGAAUGCCAUCUUUUGUUUGUUUACUUUUG